GUCGAGUGCUGUCGAGUGACUAGGAUAUUCCAAUCAGAAGCCGUUAAUAGCCUGUAAUGUCACUGAAAUAGAAAAGAAGCAAGUGCAAGCAAACUAACUGGUUUAAAUAAGCUGAUCAUGAUCAUAUUGACUUUAUUGAAAUAGUCACUUGAUUUGAAGUGAGCGGAACAGAGCAUCGAUGAGUUACGGCACCGAUCCGGAUUCAUCUUGUGUAAUAACAGCUGUUGGUUUUGUCGCACAGGCUGGGACCAAACAGCAAAAGUAUGAAGUCUUAUCUCGAACUUCAGAUAGUGCUGAUGAUGCUUGUUUGUGGCCAUCAAGUCUCCUUUCAAGACGUACACGAUACCUAUGUUAUGUUUCAGAAAAUAUAAAUACAUGUGUAAGUUCAAUGGUUCAUUGAUUUGUCUUGAUAAAUGUGGUGUCUCAGUGGUUGAAGGGUCCGACUUUCAACCAUUAACUCUCAGGUUCCGGACCCGUCCUGCCUACUCGUUGAGUAACUGGAUUGUGAGUAUCAUUAGCCUUCAUAUUUGGAGUGCAGCUCGUAUCCAAGAACGUGAUUAGUUAAUUUAAAUAAAAUAAAAUCGUGCACUUUAUUUAAAGCAGAUAAGUAUUCUAACAGUUUACAGGGAUUGUGACUUGUAAUUACAUAUUUAUCUAUAUGUUAGAAUAUAUCACAUUUCAGAUACUGUUAGAAAUGAAUAUGAUAUUUUUGAUAGGGUAGUAUGACAAUGCUUGAAGUAAUUCGGUUGGUCCCUAUUUCUUUUGGGCUUUCAGAAAAAAACAUUUGGCUUUCGUUUAAGAUAUUCUAAUUUAACCAUUUUAUGUGGUCUAGUUUUAAAGUUAAAAGCAAAAUUUAGGAUAUCGAUUAUCAGUUCAAACUAUCUACAUUUUAUAUAGGUAUACAUCAAUGACGUUGAAGUCAGUAAAUAGCGAAUCAAAUAAAAACACCAAAGGUGUAGAUAUUACUAAAGAACUAGUAGAGAAUAAGCAAAAGUAAAAUAAAAUCCUUACUCGGAAAGUUGUAUGUCAUUGGAAAUCAUAUGUUAGAUUGUUUAUUCGCUGUCAGAAAGUAAUGCAUGAUUUUUGUUUACAAAGUAAUGCUUUGAAUAUAUUUUGCUAUAUGUACACAGACUGAGGUGGUUUGUUCAUACAUUUAUACCACUUAAUUUUCAACUGUGGAAAUAUUGCAAUAAGCCUUCUUUCUUAGAUUUCCUUGAAGUGAAUAAUUAUGAGUUCCAACUGUAUGUAUUAAUUCAGUAUUAUGAAAGGCUCAAGUGCUGAAUAUCUCAAACCGAAACAUUACACUUGUUGGCAUAUUCUCUUCCUUGUCUGUCGUCUAAAAAAUAAAAGACGAAUAUAUUGGAACUUAUGAAUUCAGUAUUUAAUGGAUGAGAAGAAAAACGGCUGUAUCGCCUGAUUACUGAUUGUAAAUUUUUGACAUUGAAGAUAGGCAGAAAAUACUAACUACUGAAAAUAACAUUUGUAACAUAUAAUCUCUUAAAAACAAUUUGAACGUGUGUUAAAGAGAGAUUUGUUACGAUGUUGCACAACUGAAUCUGAGAAUACCUUACUGCAACAAAAUUUAUGAUAAUGAACAAGGCUUUUAUUACAAUUAUUAUUAGAACCAUAGUUAUAGAUGGAAAAUAUCACUUCUAAAACAUCAUUCACUAAACGAUAUUAUAUCACUUUGUAAUGUAUUCAGUGCGAAAUCGGAUACGGAAUUAAAUAGUAAUAAUAUAUCUGUUAUUGGGAGAAAGGUAAGAAAAAUCAGACAUCUGACACCAGCGUCGAGCUAAAUAAUCUAAGAUGGGGACUGAUAAACUGUACUUACCUCAACGCCUUUGUAAAAGCUAUUCUGAACUGUUGUCGUGUUAUAUUUGAAAUUUGCCAGUCAGUCUGUUAUAAUAAAUGUAGAACCUGGAACAAAUGUACUUCGACCCAGAAUUCCAUACCACAUUAGUACGAGAUUCGGUUAACAAAAUGAAUAGGAAAGAAAUCGGAAUAACAUAGCAGGAAUGAUAAUGAGAAAGACUAAUUUUCAUUGAAAGGGAAACAGUUAACGAAUUUUAAUGUAUGACCUCAACAAUUAAAGAGUCCAUAAAGCUGUAUUAUUUAGGUUUUCAAAAUAACGUGGACAAGGACACUGAUAAUUGCCGAUUAUCAACUAAAUAACCAACUGCGCAACUUGACUGAUUAAUGGUAGCUGAGUUUUCAUUUCACCUGUCAUCAUAUACUAGAAGCGUAGUUCAUCGUUUUUACGAUUCAAAAUUUUUUUAUUGUAUUUGAUAACUAUAUAAACUGUUGGUGCAUGAAAAUAAGAUACAAAUUAACACUCUUGAUAGGGUUUUGUGAAGUUUAAACGUGUUUGGAGUGAAACAGUUGUCAUCAGUGAGAUGAGGUGAUCUUCACGCUAUAACGCGAGCUGAUUGAAGCUGAAAUUAUGCCAUUAGACAUCGAUCCAUUGGUUUUGAUGAUCAAGCAUUUACCGCGAGACCUGGCAGUCCUGAGUUUGAUCAAUAGUAAGGCAGUGGGUUAGCACCGUUAAGUACUCAUACCAAGACAAAACAACUAUGUGGUACUUCUUAUUUUUCGCUGCUAUCCCAGCUGAGACCAAUCUACGACGUUAAGACCUUCAAAUUAACGCUACAUUAGUCGUUCAUAAAUAAAGGCUGAUGUUUGUUUGAUGACUAUCUAGUUUUUGUGAAGAUGUAGGAUAAAUAUCUGUUGUAGAGGAAAGUUUUCUGGGAUUUCGUUAGACGUAAUUUUCGAGUGUUAAGAUCUAUUAAGAGAGUUCUAAUCGAUAGAUAGACGCAGUGAUAUAUAGCUGAAUGUUGGUUACUCACGAGACCGUGUUAUUGAAUUAAGCUGACGAAUGAUUUGAAAUCACAGACAAGACCACUAGUUAGAUGAAUAAGCUUUUUUGUAUCAAAAUAACCUGCUCGUAUACAGAAUAUGAACACAGAAUAAACACAAUAAAAUAUCAGGUGAUUGGAGGAAAUUAGCUUGUAGGUCACUUCUUGCCAGUCAGCUAAGAUCUGGCUGUUAGGCGUAAUUCCUCGGCAUCGUACCAAUGUCCUCAACAUUAUUUACUUAAUAAUCUGGCAGAACAUUGUGUUAGUUGAAACAAAAUUGUCAAGUUUCAUGUUUCUGGUCGUAAACUACUGUGUAAUCUAAGGGCAUCUAGUUUGUAAUUCGGAUAUUCUUGCGCAAUUUUACUUAUAUAUGUAGGUAUCAUGUUAUGUAAUUGUUUUAUUUAUCAUAUCCUUUUAUCACGUCUUCAACAAUAUAAGGCUGGACAGAGACCAAUACUUGUAAAUUUGGUACUAGUAGACGACGGUGAACAUAUUCCUGCAAAUCAUCAAGCGAUAUAUAAUACAAUAGAUACAGGUGAACGUGCUUUAAAAAGGAAAAUUCUUUGUGCUAAAUUUUCACCACGUUCUACAACUUCUCGUGCAAUUACCAGAAUUGGUGUUUACAGUCGUCCACGUACUACAACUCCUGGUUAUACACGUAUCGGUGAUAUCAAUUCGAUUGUGAUUUAUUGUAAACAUACAGAGAUUGGUCUACUUAAUUCAGAAAGAUCACCUGUUCCCCCAUCAGUUCCAUCUCGACCAUCAAUUCCAGAUAGAAAUAAUUUGUAUCCAAAUUUACCUGCAUUUUCAUCAUCAGGCAACGCUUCAGCUUGUGAAGCAUUCGCUACAACACGACGUGGAACAGUACAUCCUCUGUCUGGGAUUCCUUUCGAAUUAAAUAAACGUUAUCUUACUGACGAACCAGGGGAAUACAGAGCUAACGGAGCAUCAAAGUACAAGUCAUUUGAUGAAAUAGAUUCUGAGUUUCAAUAUCGUUUUGAUCAAGAACGCUUUUUACUUGAAACAUCAACGUGAACGCUUAUCAAACGCAGAUAUAAUUGUAAAACGGCUGAUAUGAUCUAUAUUUAUUUAUAUUGAAUAGUUCUCUUCAACUUUUAAAAAUUCAGAUACCACAGUUUUCUCUUUUUUUAUAUUAAAAUAAAGUCGAU